AUGAUUAUUGAGAAGAAAGAAAAGGAGAAGAAGGAAAAGAAGGAGAUGGAGAAGGAAAAGGAGAAGAAUGCGAAACAGGAGAAGGAGAAGAAGGCGAAACAGGAGAAGGAGAAGGAGAAGAAGAAUAAGGCAAAGGAGAUGGAGAUGAAGAAGCAGAAAGAAAAAGCGAAAGCGAAAAAGAAAGGGAAGAAAGUCAAAGUUGUCAGUUGUGAUGUGAAGCGACAAUAUCAGUUUGAAGGUUUUAACAUUGAUGGAGAGGGUCCAACUGAACUAAUGUACUUCUUCUCGCAAUGGAUAAAAGAGGGUCUUUACAAGCAUCAUGCAAAAAAAGGAACCAAGGAGGAUCACUACUUAGACAAUUUCUCAAAAUUUGAAUUUGACGAACUUGAUUUAGUAGUUGCAUUUCCAAUGAAUAAGGACUAG